GAUUCACCUGCCUUCAUGUUACCGGAAGCAGCAGCUUAAAGACGGAGACGCUGAUGCGGAGAUGUAUUCUAACUAGUUUACUUUUAGAGUUAACGUGACGUGCUGCUUUUUGUGUCUUGUUUUUAUUUUUAAAUUGAGUUCUCAGUAAUGCCUCCUAAAAAGCCCGCAGCAGACGCUGCUGAUCCGCCUGCGCCCUCCUCCAGUGACGCCCCGGCAGAGGAGAAAAAGUCAGAUGCUGCGGCGCUGCGUAAACUCUCAACUCAUCCUUCCACCGCGAUUAUGGUGAAAGAAGCACUUAAGGAGUUGGACUCGCGCAAAGGUGUUUCAUCACAAGCUAUACAAAACUAUAUUAAACAGAAAUACCCCUCCGUGGAUUUGGUGAGGCUGAAGCAUUUGGUCCGAAGAGCCCUGAAGAAAGGAAUCGAAACUGGCACGUUGGUGCGGCCUGCAAACUCUAAUGUCACCACGGGCGCAAUUGGGAAAUUUAGGCUUGCACCAAAAGUCAAGGAGACCAAGCCAAAGUCUGAGAACGUGGAUCCAAAUGUGCAAGAAGCUCCCCAAGCAGCCAAGAAGCCCAAAAAAGCAGGUGCCACAAAGAAGAAAGAUCCUGCCAAUAAAGAGGCCAAGUCACAAGAGGACUCAAAGCCCCCCAAAAAGUCCAAGAAAGAAGAGAAGCCUGCCACCUCAAAGGCUGCUCCAGCAAAGAAGCCAAAAGCUAAAAAAGCUGCAGAAAAGGACGGUGAGGAAGCCUCUGAUGCAGCCAAAACUAAAGCUGCAAAGACUACCAAGGAGGCAAAGGCAGGAAAGGCAUCUCAGAGCAAGACUGCUAAAGCAGACGGUGACGCCCCUGCUGCUAAAGCAACAGGGAAACGAGGGAAGAAGACUGCAGAGUAAAUUUAAAAAUUGACUGUUUUUUUUAUGCUGAUUUGUUUUGCAAUUAAAAUCUUUAAUUUUUGAA